AUGCUGUCGACGUCAGACAUUGUGCUUGCUGGAAGUCUGUGUUCGCUGGAACCAGGGUUGAGCUUGAAAAAUACCAGUAUCGGCGACACAGGAGUGAAUGUUCUUACAAAAAUCGUUGGAGAGAAGUUUGCCAUCUCCCAUCUAGAUAUUUCGGGAACACGCGUCUCCGAUAAUGGCGUAUCUCGAUUAUGUCAGGAAAUAUCCCAAUGCAGUUCAAUAAAAACGUUGGCGUUACCUGCCGUAGGCCACGAUGGACUGUCGAGCAUAGUUCUCAUGCUAGAGAGUCCCGGAAGCAAAACUCUAGAGAAGCUGUCUUUUCAGGUGGAUGACAAAACAACUUUAUCCCAUGUACACGCUGUUAGCGAAACCGACGUCCUGCUCCAGCAGCUUUCCGAGGAAGUCCAGAUGGCGGAAACAGCUAUCAAGAAGAAACUGGAGUCCCAAGUGGAGAAGAGUGAAGAAGCUGCAAACAAAGAAGCAGGAUUGCCGGAACGGCCUACAGAGGUGUUGCAGAGAAACGAAGCACAAGAGAACACAGACGCAGACGGUAGUGUGGGAGACAAUGAAGCUUACCAGCAAUCUCUACUGGAGAGAGAACAUCUCAGGGACUACGGAGAUGCCAGCUCUCCUCAGGUAACUUCAGCCAUGUACUUCCUUCAACAUACAACAACGAAAUCUUGA